UCACAUUUUUCAAAUUUUAAAUGACAAACAAAUGGUCAUGUUGUCUAGUUUGUGUACCGCCCUUUAAUAACAUUAGCGCUAGCUGAUUUUUUUAAUGAUAAGUGUUUAUAUGAUGUUUUGCAAUAUCACUGUGCAUUUAUUUACAAGCGCACAACGGAUUGUAUUUCUUCGUUGAUGCAAAAAAUAUCUUGAGAUAUCGGAACGGAGUUUUAUAACGAGUGAAAGCAUUAUAUUUAUAAUUUGAUAUACUCGUGAUAAAAAGGAUUUACAGCUAAUAAUCGUCAGUUAAAUUUUUGUCUGCUAAACAAAUAAUAUAUUUUUUGAAGAAUUUUUAUAAUUUUGAAUGCACUUUAUACACGUACGUUUAUAGAAGACAAUAUGUUUUAGAACUACCAGUAGGUUAAACAUUACAAUGCACACGUCAAUAUAGUGCAGAUAAUCAGGAUGCAGGAUCACGUAACUUUGUGGGGCUCUCUCUUUCAACUUUAAUGUAUGUAUACACGGCGAUGACCGCCGUGAGCCUGUGGCUACUCGUUGCGCUGCUGGUUACAGUCUGUACACCUUCGCUGGGACUAAAGCCCCAGACCGCCGAGCAGCAACGGCGUAAAGAGCUGCUGCGAACAGAGCUGGACACAUGGCUGGGAACAUGCAAAGGAAGCUACAGUAUGAAGGCGAUCGGUGCAACAAAGGUCGCAGUGUCAGAAGUCAAGGUUAUACGACACGGUGUAUGCAGAAAAAUUGCUAAUGGCACGUUCGAAAACGGUAAGGGAAAGAUACGUGUUGAGAGCUCGCUGCAUGUGGCGAAGAAAUCAGACGACUACGUCACAAACAUCACGUGGACGUACUCGUCCAAAGAUGCGACCAUUCCUGGGCGGUUUGUCGUUGCGUUGGAUUUCGUCGACUUCGUCGACUACAAAACGUACGCUGACCUGGACAGAGUCUGCAUCGUGUUCAACAUGACCAAAUCCAAGUCGAUUGAGGAAAAUGUAUCACUGAUGUUCCAUUUGGACUGCAUUCCUCUUGUUAACACGCCGGAUGUGCUGAUGGACGUGCAGAUCUGGAGUAUUUUGAAGGGCAAGUUCUCCGAUGGACGGUGUCCCCGGAAACGCCGCGAAGUGUCGCUCGAUCGCAGCAAAGUCUGUGAGACUAUCGCUUGCUCCGAUACAAGGAGUAUACCAAUCUCGAAAAGCUCUCACAAGGGGGAAAUAUGCGCGUGCUUCCGGGAGCGUCACGGGAAGCCCGUUCUGACCUGGACUCACGACCCGGCGAGUCGAAAGUUUAACAUAAGCCUCACCAACAUCCCUCCUUACCUCGAAGGUGUCGAAAUUGAAAUCGUGAACAGCAAUAACACCGUGUACCAUGAAAUUCUGAAAAAGGUUAAAAAUGAUGUAUUUGUAUUUGGUACGAAUAGCCUUAUGGCGACCUCUUACAAGUCCUAUCCAACGGGGAACUACUCUGUCGUGUUGAGCGGCAAGUGUCCUGCGGAGUCCCUUUCACAUUACCACUUCUGUUCUGCGCAGGAAGAUGUCUUCGUCAAAUUCCCACAGUACAUCGUGGUGGAUGACCCAGCGCCCCCUCCUCAGUUUUCCCCAGCUUCUGUUGUUACCAUAGCAACGGUGGUAGGUGGUGUCGUCGUGAUAGGCCUCAUCACCACCGUGUUUUUCCACUACUGCAAAUGUCGCCGUAAGGGAGCCAACCUUCCUUCUAGUGGGCAUGAGCCAUUCAGCACAGAACUCGUAGAGAUGCCGCCUUCCAGUCUGAACAACACGGACGGUCACGUGACUGGAAUCGAAGAAGACCAGAACGGCAUCACUGAAACGGAAAUGACUGAGUAUGAGGAGGGUAAGAGGUUAGAGGUGACCCAACGUCAGCCACUGCUGAGCGAUAUUCAAAGCACAAGAGACGGAAAAUAUGAUGCCGCAACUAAUUGCGGAUCCGAUAAACCACAACACGAAACAAUUUCAACACAUAACCAUUGUCAGACACAUUUUAUAAAAAACUGGGAGGUCAGUAGGUCAGGGGUUACUCACCUUUUGUCGCUGCUGAGCGAUAUUCAACGUAAUCAAUUUAAGGACGAAACAUAUAAUGUCGGAAAUCACGAUGGAUCUGAAAAUCUUCGCCCUCCUUUUGGACACAGAACAAUUUCAACAGAAUCAACAGAGUACGGUUAUCAGACACGUGCCGUUAAGCACGUGAUCGGGUUAUCGUACAGCGAAACUGAUGAUGACGUGUUCUGUGCAAAGAAAGAGAGACUCUUGCACGAGAUGCGGCGGAAUGGUUUGGUGUUUGAUCACGUUUCCCAGCAUAAUUUUGCGGACCGAGCAACGCACUCAACGGAGCACACUGACAUAGUGAUAAUCGUAUCCAAAGGAAUGAACGCACUGUGCUCCCCUUUGCGAGAACAGCAACAGGAAUGGGACCACGCAAAUUUACCGAAAACUGUGUUAUUUGAACUGCAGCAUGCAAAAGUGGGGGAAUACGUCGUCCAUUUGGUCUCACUGGAACAUGAUCGUUUUGAGGGCGAGAGACUGUUGUCACAGUUCAGGGGCCUCCUCGUGUACCCUAAACCGCCCGAGGGUGGUUUCAUAUAUGAUUACAAUUUCCAUGGCAACGGAUUUGAUUUCAUCAGAGGAAUGCCUUUUGAGGAUUUUAUUAACAAACUGUUAACAUAAAGCACAGGCAAUCCUGUUAUCUUUACCUUUACAGGUAAAUAUCUCAGUAUUAGUUCUUAUCUUUUUAUAUAAUUCUUUUGUGUGUGUACUUUGCAUUUUAUAGACAUAUACACAUAUAAAUGUGCUUUAUAUAAUUUAUUUUUUUCAUUUAAUAUGUGCACAUUAUCAUUUGUAUAUAAUUCAACGUAUAUACCUCACUAUUCUCACACGAACAAUCAUAUAGGCAUAGGCAUUAUUUUGUUGACUUAGAUAACAGUUUAAUUUGUCUUUGCUCGUUUGUAAAAAUAAUUAUGUUUAAGUACACUUGAUCUUGAAACUAGAAAACUAUUUUACACAAAUUUAAACUUAAAUGCGUAAAUUAUUAUUUUUUAAUUAAAAUUGUACUUUAAAUUUCGAUUUUGAAAACUGAUUACCAUUCAAUUGUUAGUAUGAGUAACAAAUCCGUUCUUCUGUUGUAUUAAAUUUAAAUUUAAAUCGAUAUUUUCAAAAAUGAUUUUCAUAACAUUCCUACACAAACUUAACACAACAUCACGUAAUUAAGUGUAAUACAUCACACCGUUUUACGCCGUUUUCACAAAAUGCUUACUGUUUAUAAAACUGAUGACCAUUCAAUUGUAAGUUUGAUAAACACAUUCUUUCUGCUCUUGUAUCAAAUUAAAAGUGUAACCGAUAUUUUCAAAAAUAUUUUUGCAUUACAUAUAUUAAAAACAAGAUCAUGUUUCUAUAAUAUCAUGUUUCACGCCGUUUUCAGAAAACAAUACAUGUCUGUGUUUGUGUGUGCUUGUUUUUUUUAUUAUUAUUUACUGUAUGUGUGUCAAAAUGUCUCUGCUAUAUAAGUUAUCGGGUAAUUUUGCAAUAUAAUAAUAUGCUAUGGCUGUAAUGUCUCGUGCUCAAACGCGAAUGGUCAGGUUAUAAACUCGCACUUCGCUCCCGUCACCUUGUAAAUGAGCCUCGUUCUGGGAAAAGGGUCUAAAGUACGUGAAGUGGUGUCCCAUAAUAGCCUGUGUAUUUCGCACAGGCUAUUCAGGAAAGACACUUUAUGUCAAGAAUGGAAUUUCGUUGAGAAAAGACUUCGUUUAAACAAAAAUUUCCGUAUGAGUGGACAGUGUCGUCCCUGAUUAGCCUGUGCGGAAUACACAGGCUUAUUCUAGGUAGACUCUUAACGCACAUGUAUUAGGACUGAAUUUCCUACAACGAGGCUCAACUGUUUCAUUUGUGCUGGCCAUUUUCUCAUUAUGUUUGCUGCUCAGUUUUUAAAUGCAGAAAUAUGUAUUUAUUUAUGAUCGUUUAUAAUGCAAUAUUCAUAUACUGAAACUCGCUUAUUUAUGUGUUUACUGAUACAAUUUAUUAGUACAGUAUAGGAGAAAUCAUCAAAAACUAUCGGCAUGAAGUUUAAUAUAACCAUCUUCAAUUGAACAGAAAUAAACUUACUCAAAACACUAAGAAAUGGUCCCUAUACUUAGCAAUACAAUACUGGUUUGUAACAUUGUGACCAAUAUUUAAUAAUAACAAAUACUUUCUCAAUGUUCAUUUUGUAUUUUACAUUGUUAAGUUCAAUUUUCCUUGUUUUAAUAUAGUUUUAAUGUGAGUGUCGUUAAACAAAUACGUUGAUUCGCUUUUUGACAUACCCGGUUUUCGGUAAUGUUUUGCGUACACCAUUUAAAUUACGCAUGUGUGUUAUAUUAAUAAGUACAUGCUGAUGUUAUGCGUAUUCGUUCUACCUUCUUCUGCAAGCGGUAUGUCUGCAAACUUCGUUCAAAACCCUGCUACGAGUCUUGUAAAUAUAAUGUAAUGUGUCCAUUGCACGAUUUAGAAUCUCGCUGAAAACAUUCCAGUUUUUUCAUAUUUGGUUGAAAUUUCUACAGCUCAGUAAUAAACAAUAAUACGAUUGAGAAGUACGUGGAAUUUCAAAGUUAUCAUUAUGGGACAACUUAGAGACUCUUCUUAGUAAUAAAAAAUAACAACGCAUCGCGAUUUUACUAAAUAUAAAUGUUUAUAAAUUUCUCUCUUUUUUGCUGAUGUUGAUGUUAACAUCCAUAUGUAUCGUUUAUGUUUGUAUUUAUCUGAACCCUUGUUCAUAUAUAGUUAUAUUGUGUUUUGAUCUUCGUAUCUUGUAUAUGGAGGAAUAAAAGUAAAUAUAUAAAGAUAAAACAAUUACAUUUUUGAUUUAAUUUAUUAAGGUAUUUUAUAGAUAUUGUUGAAUGUCUUAUACUAAUGGUUCGAUAUCGAUGCGCUAAAAUGUAUUUAUAUUUUUUUAUUGCUUUUGUCUCUGUAACACAUGUAAAUAACAAUGUCCAACGAAGUUUGUGAUAUUAUAAUUACAAUAUCACAUUAUAGUUUCAUAAUACCUUUUUGUCUUUUUAUAAACUGUUACUUUUUGUUGACUCUGCAAAUAAAUACAUAAUGCUUAAAAA